AAAUUAUUAGUGGCUUUAUCAAAGGUCAGCUAAUAGUCAAAAGUUUGUGACUGUUGUUAAUACUUUUAGUAUAAAAGGCAAUAAUGGAAGUUUGUAAAAAAAUCAAUAUGUUAAUAUUGCUGGUUUUUAUCCUACCGAUUUUUGCAACUAGCCAGCAAUGUGCGGACGAUGGACUGAAAUUAAGCACUCCAGAAGAAUGUAUGCGAGAGUGUAGCAAAAAUGAGACACGGAAAAUUUGCUACUACUUUUUUUCAUUGGAAUUUUUUCCGGCACUCAGCAGCGCUUGCGAAAUGUGCCAACCGACGACGACACAAGGAUUGAAAAACAAAGCGGACUGCGAGUGUAUUCUCGUUGAUGGAGUUGAACGAACUGUGUUUUCAGUGAAUCGCAUGAUACCCGGCCCCCACAUUCAGGUUUGCAAAAAUGAUUACAUUGUGGUGGACGUUGAAAAUAUGGCUGAAGGAGUCGGAGCGACGAUGCAUUGGCACGGAUUGUUUCAGCGUAAUUAUCAGCACUAUGACGGAGUGCCUUACGUUACUCAGUGUCCUAUAGAAGCUUUCGACACAUUUCGGUACCAGUUUCUAGCCGCCGAAUCGGGGACUUUUUUUUACCACUCUCAUGUCUCGGUCCAUCGGCUGGACGGGCAAUACGGGCCGCUGAUAAUUCGCGAGCCAAGAGAAGAAGAUCCCAAUUCGCAGUACUACGAAGUUGAUGAUCCAGCACACGUGAUCCUCAUCAGCGACUGGAUGCAUGAGCUGGCUACCGAGCGAUUUCCUGGGCUACGUAAGCGCUGGUCCACCCAAAGGGCUGAAAAUAUUCUAAUCAACGGUCGUGGAACUUAUACAUUCGAAAACGGAACGGAGACUGACGUAGAUUUGGAAACGUUUUACGUCCAACCUAAUACCACACACCGGUUCCGACUGAUAAACGCAUUCACCACAGUAUGUUUGGCACAACUAAGCAUUGAAGAUCAUAAAUUGUUAUUGAUCGCCCAAGACGCGGCUAAUAUAGAGCCAGUCGAAGUCAACACGAUUAUUAUUGGCUCUGGCGAGCGCGUUGAUUUUGUCAUCAACACAAACAACGACGUUAAAACAUAUUGGAUACAAGUACGUGGACUCGGAGAGUGUCAAGAGACUGAAGUGAAUCAAUUGGCAAAGCUCCAGUAUCAAGGCGACGAAGAUUCAGAUUCUGCUAGUGAUCCUCCGACUUACAGCGAUGGACUUCUUCGUGGCACUCUUUAUAAUCCACUGGACGGGUCUUGCGAUCCAGCGGAAGAGACUUUCUGCGCGAGUAAUUUGAAAACUGCAGAUCCUUUUGACGAAGAAAUUCUUAAGCCUGAUCCAGAUGUUCAAAUUUACUUACCAUUCUGGUUCCAUAAUUUCAAUGAGACUAAUACUUUUAAUGUUUUGUACGGUUCUGAUCCCGAGAACUAUCCAGUUUUCUUCUCUCCUCAGGCCACAGACCCUCUGGUGAGCGUUCUGGGAAACGUAACCUUCAAAUCACCUAGCGCGCCUCCACUGACCGAACCCGAAGGCUAUGAAUACUUUUGUGAUUCCCCGGAUUCCAAUUACUGCAAAGAACACGCCGUUGACCGAACGCCUUGCUCUUGCACUCAUGUUCAAAAUGUCCCGCUAAAUUCUAUUGUCGAAGUUAUAAUCUACGAUAAACAACGUUUGCCGACUUUGAACCACCCGUUCCACCUCCACGGCGGAAAUUUCUACGUAUUGGAUAUGGGAAGUCUUCCGGAGCAGGAUAACCUCUCGGAAUCAGACAUCGAAAAAGUUAUGGCCAGGCACCAAAAGCGUCUGAGACUCCACAAAGGUUAUGACCGGCCUUCCGCUAAAGAUUCCAUUAUUGUUCCACAGGGCGGAUGGGUUAUUUUUCGGUUCCGCGCUGACAAUCCUGGAUACUGGGCAUUCCAUUGUCACUUCGACUGGCAUUCAAUAACGGGAAUGCAAUUGAUAUUUCAUAUUGGUUUGGACUCUGAUUUACCGUCCACACCUUCAGGAUUUCCUCGGUGUGGUUCAUUUAAACCACCCGUCUGUGCUCCUUGAUAGCUUUUUGUUUUAUUUUUUUUAGACAAAUUUAUUUAUUAUUUUUUCUUGUUAAGAAAAA